GAGAGAGAGAGAGAGAGAGUGAGAGGAGAGAGGGAGUUUGUGUGGGACAAUGUUCUGACAAGAAGUUCUUCCAUUUUUGAGAGAUGAGUCCGUUUGAUUUUCAAAUUUGCUCUCUCUGUAGCUUUGUGAGUCAUUUUGUCUGUUUGCGUUAAUGGGAAAAGGUAUAAAGAAAAAGAAGCUCUUGCUUGACGAUGAUGGGCAGAAUUCACAGUCCGACAAUGGCCUCUCCGCCGAGGAAUGGCUAUCUUGCGCACAAGCCCUCGUCCCAAAAGCACUCCAAAAAGCCAAAGAGGUGAAAAAUUUCCCGGGCAGAUGGAAAAUGAUCAUCUCGAAAUUGGACCAAAUCCCGUCACGAUUAUCCGAUCUGUCGAGCCACCCUUUCUUCUCCAAAAAUGCCCUCUGUAAGGAGCAGCUGCAAUCCGUCUCGAAAACAUUAAACGAAACAAUCGAGCUUGCCGACCUCUGCCUGAACGAGAAAUUCGAAGGGAAGCUCCGAAUGCAGAGUGACCUCGACUCCCUCACGUGCCGGCUCGACCUCAACUUACGAGACUGCAACCUUCUGAUCAAAACCGGUGUCCUUUCCUCAAGCGGGCCCACCGGCCCACCUGAGCCCGACUCCACAGCCCACGGGCCCAAUAACAUUCGCGAACUCCUCGCCCGCCUCCACAUCGGUCACCUCGAAUCCAAACACCGUGCCCUCGACGCCCUCGUCGAGGCCAUGAAAGACGACGAAAAAGACGUGCUGGCAAACAUCGGGCGGGCCCACGUCUCAGCCCUCGUCCAAUUACUCUCCGCCAUGUCAUCGCCGCGUAUGAGAGAGAAAGCAGCCGCCGUCGCGUGCCAGCUGGCGGAGUCGGGCGGCAGUCUCGUCGAGGGCUUGCUCGUCUCGGAAGGCGCCCUUCCCCCUCUAAUCCGACUAAUCGAGUCGGGCGGGCCUGUCGGUCGAGAACGGGCCGUCGUCGCUCUUCAGAGGCUCUCCGGUCGUGGGCCCGACGCAGCCCGUUCGAUUGUGGGCCACGGCGGGGCCCGCCCGCUGAUUGAGCUCUGCCGAUUCGGGGACUCGGUUUCUCAAUCUGCGGCCGCUUGCGCGUUGAAAAACGUGUCGGCCGCCGUGCCGGAGGCCCGGCGGGCCCUAGUCGAGUCGGGCCUCGUUCGAGUCAUGAUCGAUCUCUUGGACCGCGGGAUUUUGCUAGGGUCGAGAGAGCACGCGGCCGAGUGCCUUCAGAGUCUCACGUCGGGUAACGACGAGCUCAGACGAGCCGUGAUUUCCGAAGGUGGGGUCCGCAGCUUGCUUUCGUACUUAGACGGGCCCUUGCCGCAAGAAUCGGCAGUCGGGGCGUUGAAAAAUUUGAUCGGGCUUUUACCGAACGAGGUUUUGGUUUCGGGUGGGGUUAUCCCGAGGCUGGCCCACGUACUCCAAUCGGGCUCGCCGACGGCCCGGCAAGCGGCAGCUUGGGCUAUCGUGCGGAUUUGCAGCAGCAGCAGCUCGGUUGAGAUGAAGAAGUUAGUGGGCCAAUCAGGCUGCAUUCCAAAUCUGGUUCGGUUGCUCGAGGAGAAGAGUAACGGGGCUAGAGAAGUCGGGGCCCACGCAAUUUCGUGCCUGAUGAGUGUGUCUUGUAAUUGUCGGGAGGUGAAGAAGGAAGAGAAAAGCGUGCCGAGCCUGGUGGCGCUGUUGGACCCGAGCCAGCAGAACACGGCUAAGAAGUACGCGGUGACUUGCCUUGGAAUGUUGUGCUCGAGCAAGAAGUGUCGGAAGUUGAUGGUGUCGUAUGGGGCGAUUGGGUACCUGAAGAAGUUGAGCGAGAUGGAUGUGGCGGGGGCGAAGAAGCUGCUCGAGAGGCUCGAGAGGGGGAGGCUCAAGGGGUUUUUCGGCCGGAAGUGA